GAUACGAAGAAGAAAGCAACAUCCAAACUACCAACGUUGACUAAAACACAAUGUGUGAAAUUUAGGGAUUUUUUUUUUCCAAAUCCCAAAAAUCCAAUCAUCAACACACGCUUUUCGGUGCAGGCGUUUGUUGGAUUGAUUAUUACUUGUAUUUCAGUAAAAAAAAAUCGCACAUCUUUGUUCAUUCUCUCUCCUCAAUUUCUUAUGAACAUUCCUUUUUUCUUGUCCAAAUAUAUUUAACAUGUUUUGCUUCUUUUGCAAAAUUAUAAUAAUUGAUUUGAUUAAUCGUGUGAAUGUUUUGUAUUAAUAAUUAGUAGACAAAAGGCAUCAUUUUGCUUCAAUUUUGUUUAGUGUUUCUUUUUUGUUUUUAUUUUUUAGGGACAAUUACACCUUAUUUCCAUUGGAUUUGAGGUGGACGUCCUAUCUUUGUAGAGUGUUGAAUUUCCCCCUUUUUUCCGGGCUCUUUCUUCAAGAAAACAAUAAUCCAUUUUGCAAAAUUUGUUCUUUUCUUCUUUUUCUUAAAGAAUUUAUAAAUGGGUACAUAGUAUAUUCAUCAAUUUACAAUUUUUUGUGGGUGUUUGAGGUGACAGUUGAGGUGAUUAUUUCUGGUUGGAUAUUGGGUGAAUUAUGAUGAUUGGGUUGUUGGGUAUUAGGGUUCUAAGAUUUUGAUCCCUAUACGAAGAAUUGUGGUGGGUAUUGCUCAGUUUUUGAUAUUUUGGAGGAGAAUUGUGAUGAUUGGAUUUUUGAUUAAUUUUAUUUGGAAAUUGAAUACUAGGGUUCAAAGAUUUUGAUCCCAAUAUGAGGAAUUUUGUUAGGUGUUACUCAAUUCUGAUGAUUUGAAGGAGAAUUCUAAAAUUGGGAUUCAAAUUGAAGAGAGAUCAGCAGUAAUUUUUGGUCGUUACACCAAACAAUCUCGUACCUUGAUGUAAAAAAAACAGUUCGUUGGCAAUGAAGUUCUUAAGCAUUGUUGGAAAUUCUUUAGGCUGCUCUGCUUCAGGAGAACGCCUGGUUUCGGCUGCUAGAGAUGGUGAUUUACAGGAAGCCAAAGCGUUAUUGGAGUACAAUCCUCGUCUUGUGAGGUAUUCGACUUUUGGUGUUAGGAACUCCCCUUUGCAUUACUCUGCAGCUCAGGGCCACCAUGAGAUUGUUACUCUUCUGCUCGAGACUGGUGUUGAUAUCAAUCUUAGGAAUUAUCGUGGCCAGACUGCUCUGAUGCAAGCAUGUCAGCAUGGUCAUUGGGAGGUUGUACAGACUCUGGUUCUUUUCAAAGCCAAUAUUCACAGAGCAGAUUAUCUUAAUGGGGGUACUGCUCUUCAUCUAGCUGCUUUGAAUGGGCAUACUCGGUGUAUUAGGCUCCUUCUUGCUGAUUAUAUCCCUAGCAUUUCUGUUACUUGGAAUCUAUUACAAAAGAAAUCAAAAAAUGAAUAUGGAAGCUCAGAGUUUAAUGCAAGUGCCCUCCGCCAAGUAAUUAACAAACCUGCGGAUGGAGGGAUCACAGUACUUCAUAUGGCUGCCUUGAAUGGGCAUUUUGAAACUGUCCAUCUACUUUUGGAUCUUGGAGCUUCUGUUAGUGAAAUAACUGUGGAAGAUGGGACUACAAUUGAUCUCAUAGGUGCAGGAAGCACUCCUCUACAUUAUGCAGCUUGUGGUGGAAAUCAACAGUGUUGUCAACUUUUGAUUGCGAGAGGUGCCAGUCUGACAGCUGAAAAUGCAAAAGGAUGGAUUCCAUUGAUGGUUGCUCGUUCAUGGCAUAGAGAUUCAAUUCUAGAAAUUCUUUCAACACCUCAAGACAUCCUAUUACCAUCUAUUCCUUCCCCUUUUCUGUCUCUUCCCCUGAUGAGCAUUAUCAAAAUUGCAAGAGACUGUGGUUGGCGAAAUCCAGACUUGGUACCAGCAUGCCAAGAUCCUUGUGUGGUCUGUCUUGAAGGGAGGUGCACUGUAGCUUCCGAAGGUUGUGGUCAUGAGUUUUGUGCUCGUUGUGCGUUAUACCUUUGCACCAUGAACUGCUCCUCGACUGUUGCCAAAGGUCCUCCAGGCUCAAUCCCAUGUCCACUAUGCCGGCAUGGCAUUGUCUCAUUUGUAAAACUACCCGGGACAAGAUCCAUACCCAAGGAGAUUGGGAGGACGAGCUUGUCAUUGUCUUUUUGUGGGUGCUCAUGUGAGAAAAACGAGCGUGCCUCUCUGACAAUGCCUCUUUGCAUGCCACCUCCCGUCUCUUCCACCUCCAGCCGAGUCUCCCCUUUAAGUUCCUCAUUCCGUUCUUUGAGCUGUCAAAGGUUUCCAUCAAUGAAACUCAACUCUGGUUGCUGUAUGGGAGGAUCAGAGACUAGUCCCUCUAUCAUUGGAGGGCCCGUGAACCAGAGUUUAAGGAAUCAGUUGGGUAGGUGCGGAAGAGUGAGAUUACGUCGAUCAUCAUCUCAUUCCGAAGGCCGCAAAUCUUGGUUUUGUUCUCUCAACCAAUAUGCUGCUGCUAGUAAUUGAUUCAUCCUUCUUUUUGCUAUAUUUAGAGCCAAUCGACAAAGCACGGCCCGCUCAUCUUAGCCUGACACGGCCCAUUGUCAGCUCUAAUCCUUUUUUAUUCUUUCCUAUUUCCUUACAGAGGCAUGUCUUGUGCUCCUUUUUUUUCCAGGUUUCUUGUAUUAGUUGUAUAGAAUUUGAUAUUGUAAUCCCCAAAAUUCUAGAAAAAUAGAAGGGAAAAUAUAAAAGGUCAUCUAAUAUAUUCAUAUGUUGUAAAUACUUGUAUUGAAUACUCCUUGUGUAAAACUUACAAGAGACAUUGAGCUAUAUAAAAAAAGACGAUUUUGCUGUGUACAAGGCAAAAUUACUUCAA